AUGCACAUCAAGGAGGUAACCCUCGAGGGGUUCAAGUCGUACGCGGGUCGGACGGUGGUGUCGGGGUUCGACCCGCUGUUCAACGCCAUCACCGGGCUCAACGGCUCCGGCAAGUCCAACAUCCUCGAUUCCAUCUGCUUCGUGCUUGGCAUCACAGAUCUCCGCCAGGUGCGCGCCGCCUCGCUCCAGGAGCUCGUCUACAAGCAGGGCCAGGCCGGGGUCACCAAGGCUACCGUCUCUAUCGUCUUCGACAACUACGACCGCUCCCGGUCCCCGCUCGGCUAUGAGGACUCGCCCGAGAUCACUGUCACGCGCCAGAUUGUUGUUGGUGGAAGGAACAAAUACCUUAUCAAUGGCCAUCUUGCGCAACCUUCCCGGGUCCAGACCCUUUUCCACUCAGUGCAGCUUAAUGUAAACAAUCCUCAUUUUCUAAUUAUGCAAGGGCGCAUAACAAAAGUGCUGAACAUGAAGCCUCCAGAAAUUUUGUCCAUGUUAGAAGAGGCAGCAGGCACAAGAAUGUAUGAAAUGAAGAAAGAAUCUGCUCUUAAGACACUUGAGAAGAAACAGAAUAAAGUUGAUGAGAUUGAUAAACUCCUUGAUGUUGAAAUCCUCCCUGCACUAGAGAAGCUUAGAAAGGAGCGGUGCCAAUACAUGAAAUGGGCCAAUGGCAAUGCUGAACUGGAUAGGCUCAAAAGAUUUUGUAUUGCCUAUGAGUUUGUUCAGGCUGAGAGAGUGCGAGAUGGUACACUCAAUGAUGUCAAACAAAUCAGGGCAAAGAUUGAUGAGCUGGAUGAAAAUACAGAAAAGAUAAAAGCAGAUAUACAAGAAAUGGACAAUAACAUUUCUACCUUGGCUGCUGAAAAAGAAGCUAAACUAGGCGGUGAGAUGAAGCUUCUGUCAGAUAAAGUGGAUAAAUUAUCACAUGUACUUAUCAAGGAAACUUCUGUGAUGAAUAAUCAAGAGGAAACCCUGAAGUCUGAGGAAAAGGGUGCUGAGAAGAUUCUCACAAACAUUGAGGACAUAAAAAGGUCUAUACUCGAGAGAGAUGCUGCUGUAAAAAAUGUAGAGAAUGAGGCGUCUGAUAUGAAAAGAAGAGCAGAGGAGCUCACAAAGGAGUUGGAUGAGAAGGAGAAAGAACACCAGGGUGUGCUAGCAGGAAAAAGCAGUGCAAGCGAGAAGAAAUGCCUUGAAGAUCAGCUUAGAGAUGCAAAAGCUGCAGUUGGAGAUGCAGAAUCUGGACUAAAGCAGCUAGCCACAAAAAUAAAACAUUCUGAAAAGGAGUUGAAGGAGAAGAAAGCUCUGUUAGUGUCCAAGCGUGAUGAGGCUAUUACAGCUGAGAAUGAGCUGAAAACAAGGACAAAGGACUUGGAUGGUAUCAAGGCAUCCAUGGGAUCUAUUAAUUAUGAUGAGGGCCAAAUGGAAGCUUUGCAAAAGGACCGUUCUACAGAGUUAGAAAUUGUUCAGAAAUUAAAAGACUGCGUUCGUAAGCUUUCUGGUGAGCUUGCUAAUGUUCACUUCAGUUAUCGAGACCCUGAAAGGAAUUUUGAUAGAUCAAAAGUCAAAGGGGUUGUUGCACGUCUUAUUAGGAUUAAGGAUAGCUCAACAGCUACAGCACUGGAGGUUGCCGCAGGUGGGAGGUUAUUUAAUGUGGUGGUUGACACAGAAGAAACUGGAAAGCAACUAUUAAAGAAUGGGGAUCUACGAAGUAGAGUAACCAUCAUACCUUUGAACAAAAUCCAAACAUACACGAUACCUGACAGAGUUCAGCAGGCAGCUCGUAGACUGGUUGGUCCUGACAAUGUAACAUUAGCUCUAGAAUUGGUUGGAUAUGGUGAGGAAGUAAAGAAUGCCGUGGCUUAUGUCUUUGGCUCAACAUUUGUGUGUCGUAAUACGGAUGCGGCAAAAGAGGUUGCGUUUAAUAGGGAAGUUAGCAGUACUAGUGUGACUCUUGAGGGUGACACUUAUCAGCCUAGUGGUCUUUUGACUGGAGGUAGUAAAGGGGGUAGAGGGAACUUGCUAAGGAAACUCGGCGAACUAGCUAAAGCUGAGGCUGAUCUAUCCGAUCAUGAGAAAAGGCUCUCUGUCAUUGAACAGCAGAUUGGAGCCCUUUUGCCAUUGCAGAAAAGGUACACUGAGUUGAAAUCUCAGUUUGAACUCAAGUCAUAUGAUCUCUCGCUAUUUCAGAGCAGAGUUGAGCAAAAUGAACAUCACAAGUUAGGUGAACUUGUAAAGAAAAUUGAACAAGAGCUUCAAGAAUCAAAACAAGAGUUGACAGAAAAGGAAGUGCAGCAUGAAAAAGCUUAUGAAAGUGACAGGGAGAGGCUGAUCAUGGAGAAAGAUGCAGUUGCUAAUGAGCUUGCUACACUGGAAGAGCAGUUAACAACUUCAAAAGCUCAAAUUACUUCUCUGUCUGAAACCUUGGAAAAACAAAAGGACAAGGUUACUUCCAUAAAGCAAGAUUAUGAUCAAGCUGAAAGUGAGCUCAAUGUUGGGCGUUCUAAACUGAAGGAAUGUGACUCACAGAUAAACCAUAUGGCCAAGGAACAGCAGAAACUUCAGCAGAAGUUAAGUGAUUCAAAUGUUGAAAGGAAGAAAAUGGAAAAUGAGGUUAAGAGGAUGGAGAUAGAGCAGAAGGAUUGCUCUUCAAUAGUUGAUAAGCUAGUGGAGAAGUAUAGCUGGAUUGCAACUGAGAAACAGUUGUUUGGGAAAAGCGGUACAGAUUAUGAUUUUCAAUCUUGUGAACCACAUAAAGCCCGCGAGGAACUUGAAAAUCUUCAAUCUCAACAAUCCAGUCUUGAGAAGAGGGUCAAUAAGAAAGUUAUGGCAAUGUUUGAGAAGGCAGAGGAUGAGUACAAUGAUUUGAUGUCAAAGAAAAACAUCAUCGAGAAUGACAAGGCAAAAAUCAAGAAAGUGAUAGAAGAGUUGGAUGAGAAGAAGAAGGAAACCUUGAAAGUCACAUGGCUCAAAGUAAACAAGGAUUUCGGAUCUAUAUUCAGUACUCUUUUACCUGGUACAAUGGCAAAACUUGAUCCUCCAGAAGGUGGCACUUUCUUGGAUGGUCUUGAAGUUCGUGUGGCAUUUGGGACAGUUUGGAAGCAGUCUCUUUCUGAACUUAGUGGAGGGCAACGGUCCCUUCUUGCUCUUAGUCUUAUCCUGGCUCUGCUUCUUUUUAAACCUGCACCACUUUACAUAUUGGAUGAGGUUGAUGCUGCUCUUGAUCUGAGCCACACCCAAAACAUUGGUAGAAUGAUCAAGGCUCAUUUUCCGCACUCUCAGUUCAUAGUUGUCUCUUUAAAAGAGGGUAUGUUCAACAAUGCCAAUGUGAUAUUCCGAACAAAAUUUGUUGAUGGUGUGUCCACUGUGACACGUACAGUGCCUUCGAAACAGAGAUGA